CAGAGUUGUUUUACUUUUGCUAAUAAAACUUGUCAUGUUUCUCUUGAAUUGCUGCUUUUUAUUUGGAUCAACUCUCUUACAGAGUGGAGUGUGGGGGUAUGUUGAAGAUUACCACGAGAAGGGAUGCUCAGCGGAAACAGAGUAUUCAGUCUCCACCAGCUUCCCCUGGAACAAGUUACCAACUGUACUCCCAAAGUUCCAUCUCACUGUCACUGACGUUGCUUUCAUUAUACACAACGACAGGUUUCGUGUGUACAGAUCAGGAAGGAAAUCCAGUGCAGGACUAGCGGAGUUUGUUGAGACCGGGAGUUUGGAGCAGCUCAGGAAUACUGUUGGCACUGACGGUUACAUCCUGAAGGGUAUGCGUGACUCAAGUAGUUCUGAAACCACUCCAGUCUUUACAACUAACGUGACGGUGACUUUUGCAAGACGUUUUCUGACUGUCGUGGGCAGGGUGGAUAAAACGCCUGACUGGUUUGUGGCCAGUACUUCCCAGGAUCUCUGUAACCAGGAGCCGUAUUUUAGUGAGAUAACCCAAGAGUGGAAACUUGGAGAUUAUCAGGAUCUUCUCCUGCUCGAUGUUGGAACGUUUAUAACACCAACUCAACGAAAUGCGCGACCUCGUCCAAUCAAACCGAUCAGCUACAACAAGGAUAUUGGAUAUACUGUGACAAAGAACGAUGAAGAUGUAUCUUCUGUCGGAGUUGUGGAUGCUAGAAGAAGAGCGUGUCCUGUAUUCGGAACAUCAGCCUACUCGGUAGGACAGGAGUGGAGACAGGGACCCUGUACCCACUGCAAGUGUCUGGACACCAACAAGGACGUGUGCACCAGGGAGGUUUGUCCGCCUCCCUCCUGCGAGUACUUUGUGUUCCAACCUGACGUGUGUUGCCCUGUGUGUCAAGACAGGAGUGAUUAUUUGAAGAUUGUGGAGAAGACUAGAAACCCAGAUCCCCCAGUGAUUGUAAAGAAGCCCGGUAACGUAACAGUACCUCUGGGAGGUUCCUUCACACUGGAUUGCACUGCGUGGGGCGACCCUGCACCCCAGAUACAACUCCUCCGCAACAGACCUGAAGACUUCGUUCACGUUCAUCUGGACCCUGUCCAGGACGUGAAACCUGGUUUAAGUAGAGCGAGUCUAAAGAUAGAUGUCAUGACAGAAGAUAGAGUUGGAAGAUACACCUGCUUUGUGAACAGUAUCGGAGGGUCUCGCGAAGAACACGCUCAUGUAAUCCUCAAAUGAGAAGUGUCUCUAAAUGAGAAGUGUCUCUAAAUGAGACGUGUCUCUAAAUGAGACGUGUCCCUAAAUGAGACAUGUUUACAGUCUUUAAUUAAGUAGCUUCAAGGAUACUGCUGGAAACGGAUUAUUAUAGAUAGAGUCCUCAGAUCGGUGACUGGCUCAUAAACGAAACUAAAGGGCGAUAGUGCUUUGCAAUCAUCUGCAGGUUUUGAACACUGAUUAAUCAUGAGGAUUGAGGGUUCAAGUUCAACAAAAGACUAUUCUGAUAUUACUGAUUCCUUUUUAGGUUCUUAUUUUAUGUCCUCCUCCUUAUUGAAGUCUAUAUUGUAAUAAUAAUUUUUCCAAUCCUUUACCAAAUAUGUAUAUCAGUCUACAAUCAUGAUAUGUUUAAUUAAUGGUUAAAAUUUUCACAUGACUUUGACAGUCUG